AUGGAAAAGAUAGGGCUACCCUCUUCACAAGGAUUCAUAGUGACAGGACAAGAGGGGAGGGACACAAGCUACUCCAAGGAAAACUCUAACCGGAAAGAAAGAAAUAUUGAUUCUGAGGACAGCAACACAUUGGAGAAGGUUGCCCAGAAAAAUGACAGAAUCUGUUACUGGAAAUAUCAAAGUCUCAACUUGACAGGACCCUGGAUAACUUCUGUCACAGCUACACCUAAAAAACCACAAGAAAGGAAACUGGAUGAGCUCGAAGUGGGAAUCAGAACAGUGGCUGUUACUGUUCCACAUCAGAAAUCUGGACUGAAUCUUCCACCAGGGGAAGAGCAAGCAGAGCGGAAUGAAAGUGUCAUCAUCUUGUUGGCACACAGAGCACACGGCUGCCCUGACAAAUGCCUCUGCCACACAGCCUCAAAGACUGCAGACUGCAAGAACAGAGGGUUCACCGAAAUUCCUGCCCGUUUACCUCCUGAAACUCAGAUACUACAGCUGCAGAACAACCGUAUCUGGAGAAUCAACCAAAAUGCAUUCACUGCAACGCCGUUACUCAAAAUCUUAGACUUGUCUAAUAAUACCCUCUCAAGCGUGGCACCUGGCGCUUUCCAAAAACUAAGGUAUCUACAGGUUUUAAACCUAACCAGAAAUUUGAUUCAUUAUAUAGAAAACAAGACUUUCAGUUUCCUCCCACACCUAAAAGAACUGGACUUAUCAUCCAACAGCAUUAUUCGCUUGCCCGAGACAUUUGGAAACAGCACAGGGAAUAUAACAUUGCUCUCUGUGAAGCAUAACAAACUGCAGAAAAUGGAAAGAAUUCUGCUGGAGUCACUUCCAAACCUGAAAGUGGUUCUCUUCAAAGAUAAUCCCUGGCAAUGCAAUUGUAAUAUCUUUGGCCUCAAACUGUGGCUGGAGAGUUUUCUAUACAGAGGAGGAAUAAGCGAUGGCAUUAUCUGCUCAGCGCCAGGGAUCCGGAAGGGGAAGGACCUCCUCAAAGUUCCCUACGAGCUCUUUGGGGCUUGUCCUCUGAGGACAGCCCACGCGCACCCGGCCGGGAGCCACCACCACGGCUUCGAGCACCGCGGCUCGCCCAAGCACGGCCACCACGGCGAGCUCGGCGACGGCGGCCGUGCCAGCUGCGAGCCCAAGCCCAAGCCCAGGCCCGCCAGCCUGCGCCACGCCAUCGCCACCGUCGUCAUCACCGGCGUGGUGUGCGGCAUCGUGUGCCUGAUGAUGCUGGCAGCUGCUGUUUAUGGCUGCGCUUACGCCGCGAUUACGGCCAAGUGCCACAAAGCCCGUUUGGCCCCGGUCCGGCAGCACGGGACUCCCAAGGAAAAAGAGCUGUUAGAGAGCUCCUCGGCUUGA